AGGUGGGCCUGGGAAUCCACUUCUCCGUAUAUUCUCACUUUGGUUUACGAGCAGGAUGGAUUUCUUUCGCUGUCUGAUCCUAGGUUCGCAUCAGAAAAUGAUGGUGCCUUCCAUCAAGACCUAGCUAACCUUUGCCACCAUCUUCCCACCUUUCAGAGAUCUUUGAAGAGAGGGAAAAAAUACUCAUACCUUUCUCAGUUCAGCAAACAGACGUCAUUAUUUCUUUGAUAGUACUGUUUAGCCACUUAGGUGAGAAUUGUGUAACUUCAUUAAGCCUUUGGGGACGAUGAUGUUGGCGCCAAGUAUGGCAUCUCCAGACAUCACUUCAAAGCCAACAAAUACCCAUCCUGGCCCUCCCCAGACCCCCAUUUUUAAUUUCCUGCUGGUGACACCAAAUAUUAGCACAACUAACAAGGCUCUGGGUGCGGGUCACACUCCAUGCAAGGCAGAGGUCCCCUUCUCUCCUCAGUGACACAUUCCAGCCCUGCUUGGCAGAAGCCAAUGGCAGCUUGUGGCAAAUGCCAAAUAUUGACCCAGUGCCUUUAUUUAGCAAGCCCAAAGAGGCCAGGCAUGCCCGCCUGCCUUCCUCUGGGGCCUUGGCAAAUAUUUUUCCAGCAGAGAGAGAAAACAACCAGCAGCAGGGAAGGAAAUUUACCAGGAGUGCCCCUUUCCAAAGGCUGUGUGACCCUCUGCUGAAGCGUCAGCCCAUGUUUCCUUCCCAAUGGGUCUUUGCACAGCUGGGCUGAAAGCCUAUGGCACUGUCAGUCACAACGGUCCUGUAAGGUAGGAUGCUAGGAUUCUUGGUCAACCAGGGAGCUGAAAGGACUGUGGCUGCACACCACUGGCAAGGAGGGAAGGAAGGAAGGAUGGAGAAAAGUGGAGGAGGAGAAGGAGAAAGUUGGAGGAGAAUUGAAAUGGGGAAGAAGAAACAGAAAGAACAAAUAUGGAUAGACAAAUAAAUACCCUAAAGGUUCCGGAUCCUGUCUAAUAAGCUAAGCAAGAUCAUUCCUGGUUAGUACUUAGAUGGGAAGCCACCAACAGAUGCCAGGUGUUGUAGCCUCCAAAAACCCCAAAAUCAUGGGGUUGCCAUGAAGUGAACUGAAGGUGCACACAAAAGAGACAGAAAGAGAUGGUGUUGGAUAGGCAGACAGAUGUAGAGAGAGAGGAGAGGAGAGAGGGACUCAGGGCAUGGCCAUGGCCAACCCCCAAGGAAGAAACGUGCCAAGAAAACCCCAGGAUAGUGUUUCCCCUUAGGGUUGCCAUAAGUCAGAAAGGACUUGAAGGUAUGCAGCAACGACAAAGGAAGGAAAGAAGGGAGGAAGAUGAGGAAAGUGGAAAGGAAGGGAAGGGAUGGCUGGAGGAAGGGAUAGUGGAGAGAGGGAAGGAAGGUAAGAAGGGCAGGGGAGCCCUGGCAGGAAAACAAGACAGAAGAAAGGAGGGCAGUGGGCAGUGCCAUUACAGGAGCUGAGGCAGGAGGUCUCUUGGGGGGAGACUGAGGAAGGGGUCUGGGAGAGGGUGCCACCUCCUCCUUCCUCCUCCUCUGGCAGCUCCCUCCUGCCCUCCUUCGCUCACCUGGGCACAACUUUUCCUCCCAGCCUCCCUCUCCACCUGAGGAGGAGGAGGCCCUUCCACCCCCCCCCAAUCUUUGGGGCAGGAGGGCAGCCUGGGGGCGGUCCUGAGCCCUUCCUCCUCCUCCUCUUGUGGGGCAUCCUUUUCUUGCCAGCUGCGCUGCCCUGGUGCCCAUAGGGCUCUCCUCCUCCGCUGGCCAUGGUGCUGAUGGCAAGGCUGCUGCUGCUGCUGCUGCUGCUGGGUCUGGGGGUGCAGGAGGGCAUGGCCGGGCCCCGUCCCUGGGCCCAGGAGAUCCUCUGGAGGAGCCAGGGCCGCCUCAACCGCCUCCUCAACUCUGCGGGGCCCUUCCAGCUGGGCCCCAGCCGGCCCCAAAGGCUCUACCUCCAGGUGGCCCCCAGGGGACCCCCCAGGGCCCUCCGCCUGGCCCUCAGGGCUGAGAGCCCCCUGGAGGCGGAGGGGGCAGCCUCGGGCAAUGGGGGCCAGGAGCAGGAGGAGGCAGCCCUGGGCUCUGCUUUUGGGGGACCCACUCCCAAUGGGACCCUCUUGGCCAUAAGGACCAAUGGCAGCCAAGAGGCCCCCAAGGAGCACCGCUUCUCCUCCUGGCCCAGGGGGGCCCCCCAUGGAAGGCCAGGCCAAGCAAUGGGGGUCAGUGAGAUGGAGGGCUCUCCGGUCCCCUUCCGCCCCACCAGCCCCCAAAGGAGGGGCCCCUGGAGGCCCAGGAGCCCAGCCAGAGGAGGACCCCCUCCAGGCCCCCUCCAGAGCCAGAACAGCAUCUUCUACAACAUCUACCCCACGCCCAGGACGCCCUCCAGCCCCAGGCCUGGCUAUGGGACCAACUUCUUCCAUCAGGGCCUGCCUGAUUUAAUUCCUGACCCAUAUUUCAUCCAAGCAGCCACUUACAUCCAGAGGGUCCAGCUGUAUGCCUUGGAAUGUGCAGCGGAGGAAAACUGUCUUGCAAGAUCUGCUUACCGUCCUGGAGUAAGCAGAAUCAGCUACCGGGUCUUGCUCCGUUUCCCUCAACGCGUGAAGAACCAGGGGACGGCCGACUUCCUCCCAGUGAAACCGCAACAUGCCUGGGAAUGGCACAGUUGCCAUCAGCAUUUCCACAGCAUGGACGCCUUCAGCAACUACGACCUCCUGGAUGCCGUCUCCCACAAGAAGGUAGCCGAGGGCCACAAGGCCAGUUUCUGCCUGGAGGACACAACCUGUGACGCAGGCGUCCGGAGACGCUACGCCUGCACAGCUCACACCCAGGGUUUGGGCCCAGGGUGUUACGACACAUACAACGCCAACAUCGACUGCCAAUGGAUCGACAUCACUGAUGUCCCUCCUGGAAAGUACAUCCUCAAGGUGACGGUCAACCCAGAUUCCCUUGUGGAAGAGUCCGACUUCACCAACAACAUUGUCAGGUGUGAUAUAACCUACACAGGAACGUAUGUUGACACUCGGAACUGCAGGAUCUCAAGCUUCUAAGGAGCACCCACCGACCCAUGGAGUCCUCCACAUCCCCUUCUCCUCACCAUAGAUGCUUUGGUCUCUUGACAAACCACAUUUAGUCCUCCCCAAAAAUACUCAGCCGGAGAGAAGGGGUGGAAUUAGCCAUUUGGGGUCUCACCUUUGCCUUAAAAUUCAUUCAGGCUCUUGACAUGCCCUCCUCCUCCUCCUCUCCACAUGAGAGGCAGUGCACCCCAUUUCACCCUGGCAAGCACCCCCAAAUUGUCCCCUCCUGAAGCAUCCUAAAGAAACAUGGCUGCUCUCAGAAAAUGUCAUUUAUUAUCAUAAUAUAAUUUAUUUAUAUUCCUCCUCUUCCCAGAGGAAUCAAGGCAGAUUACAACUAUAUUAGGCAAACCUCUGAUGUGGAGGAAACCAAUUGCAAGAUUCAUGAGGAAACUGGGAAUAUUUCCUCUGCAAAAUUGCUGCUUCCUCUGCUGAACAAGCUGUUUGCAAUGCAAAAGGACUAUGUGCCGCCUUUGUGCAGAGUAGGUCCCAAACAGCCAAGAUUCUCAUCUGUCCAGGUUUUCCAUCCCACAUUUUUUCCAGAAUAUUUUCAAAUAGUCUUUCCAUCCCUGGUAAACCUUGGCAGACCUCAUUCUGGGCAAGGCAACCUAUUUUAAUCUUUCUCCUUCUGCGGGAGAGGUGUCUCCUGGCUGGCCUUCAUUCCUCUGCUUUGCUGCCCCCCAAAAAUGCAUUACCCACUUUUGUCCCUUUCUUCCUCCGCUCCAUCCCACCUCUCCAGCCAGCCACAAAACCUUGUUUGGCUAAUGUCUGGAGCCACAGCCCACCACCAUACGCCCAUGAAGGUGUCCCCACCAGUAAAACCCAAACCAGCAAAGCGUUUCCCAUUGCCUUGAGGUCAGGAUGCAAGUCUGCCCCAGCUGGACGUCUGGACCAAGAUACAUCCACUCCAACCGAUGUCUGCUUUCGGAGAACUGGGUACCGCAUCUGGGACUUCUUCCCUGUGACCAAGAGAGACACCACAGCCACCACAAGUAUGGUGUUAAGUGUGCACAAGGUGCCCAGAUUCAUAUAAAGUAAAUAUGCUCUGCUUUGGUCAGACCACGCCUGGAAUACUCUGUCCGUUUCUGGGUUCCACGGUUCAAGAAGGAGAUGGACAAGAUGGAAGGGGUCCAGAAGAAUACGUCUUGCUUGGAGAAGAGAAGACAGAGUGGGGAUAUGGUGGUCCUGCCUUUGAAUACUUGAGUGGCUGCCAUUGUGGUGCCAAACUGGGUUAUUUCUCCAGUGUGGAUGCAGCCCCCCUUUGAUUGUCUUUUGAUGGGAUUGGCCACAAGAUGGACACCUUUUUUCUUCCCAUAGAAGCGGGGAGAAGGACACUGUCUACUUCCUAGGCCUUUCUGGAGCAUCCUUUCCCUCCAGGAUUCAGGACUAGAAAAGUAUCUGGAAAGGGCUUGGCAGUGUUCAAAGAAAUGAUAUAUAUUAAAAAAAACACCCUUCUU